UGGAAAAUUUGUCAACAUUUGUGUGGUGGAAAUUCAUUUGUAUUUUCAUAAUUUCUUGAUGAGUUGUAGCCGUAUUUACUUGUAGAAUAAUUUUGCCUAGGAAAUAAGCGUUUUAUCGUAUUAACUGUACAUAAAUAGAACUAUAUAUAAACAAAACGGAGUUAUGGAGUCCAAGUUUUAUUUUAUGUUAUUCGUGAUGUUAAUUUGCUGUGAAUUCUCCGAUGAAAACUUGCAGAACCCCACGGUUAACGACCAAAAAAAGAAAGACAGCGACAGAGGCGAUACUGACGAGAAAACGGAAUUUAUCGCUACAAUUGAGGCUCGUGAUGGGGCAACAGCUAUACGAAUCGAACCUGCCCCGGAUCUCACUAACGAGAAAUAUUCCAAAGAUGAUAUAGUGGAAAGUGAAGUAACGGAAUCAGUUGAUUUGUUCAUGCUCGAUCAGGCUAAAGUUAUUCAAAAAUUGGUCCAGCACUUAGAUAUGGUGAAUUUCCAAGAAAACAACGGCUUGACCGAAGUCGAAGAACUGCCGCCUCCGCCCGAAGCUGCCUUAAAGGAAAAACAACUCACUAACGAAGAGUUGGAAGCUAAAAAAUUAUACGAUAUUGCUUCGGCAAUGCUGAAUAAAACAAAGCCAGAUAGACAGCAAGCAUAUCAAAUCCUCAUGGGAGCUUCGAAUAAGGGCAACACCGACGCCAAAGCGAUGGUAGCUUGGGCCAAACUCUUCGGCAAUCCUUUAAAGCAAGACAUUUACAUUGCCAAGGAAAUGUUCACGGAAUUGGCUGAAAUUGGUAAUGCCGAAGGCCACAUGGGACUAGGUUUUCUACAUGCCUCAGGCUUGGCUGUUAACGUAAGCCAGCCCAAAGCUUUGGUCCAUUACACUUUCGCUGCAGUGGGUGGAAAUUACUGGGCUCAAAUGGCUUUGGGGUACAGAUACUGGUCAGGAAUAACUGUUGCAGCAAGCUGCGAGAAAGCUCUAGAAUUUUACCGUCAAGUAGCUGAUAAAGUGAGCCAAGGUGUAUCGUUUGGCGGCGGUUCUGCUAUUCAAAGAAUUCGUCUGUUCGAUGAGCUAGAAAAUGGCUAUGCAUCUGGUAUCCUCGAUAACGAUCUAAUUGAAUACUACCAAUUACUAGCAGAAAAAGGCGACGUACAAGCUCAAGUUGGUCUGGGUCAGCUUCACUAUCAAGGUGGUAGAGGGGUCGAUUUGGAUUACCAAAAGGCCUUGCACUACUUCACGCAAGCAGCACAGGCCGGUAACGCUUUGGCAAUGGCCUAUUUAGGAAAAAUUUACCUAGACGGUAGCGACGAAAUUCCAGCCAAUAACGAAACUGCGUUGAAGUAUUUCAAAAAAGCCUCCGAAUUGAACAACCCUGUCGGUUUGAGUGGUUUGGGCUUGAUGUACUUAUAUGGUCGUGGAGUAGAUAAGGACUAUUCGAAAGCGCAUCAGUAUUUCCUGCAAGCAGCCGAUCAAGGCUGGGUAGAUGGGCAAUUACAGCUUGGAAAUAUGUAUUUUAGCGGCUUGGGAGUGAAAAAAGAUUACAAAAUGGCCAACAAAUACUUUUCAUUGGCGUCUCAAUCCGGUCACGUUUUGGCCUAUUACAACUUAGGUCAAAUGCACGCCCAAGGAACGGGGAUGAUCCGAUCGUGCGCUACGGCCGUGGAAUUGUUCAAGAACGUAGCGGAACGCGGUAGAUGGGGUGAAAUUCUCAUGCAGGCUCACUCCGACUAUCGAAACGGGCGAUACGACGAGUCGUUCGUGCAAUACGCGCUCCUAUCGGAAUUAGGAUACGAAGUGGCCCAGAGUAACGCGGCCUUUUUGCUCGAUAGAAAUGAAAUUCCCAUGUUAACUACGUCCGAGGGCCUCGUGCGCGCCUUGCUCUAUUGGGGGCGAGCAGCUGCACAAGGUUAUUCAGCAGCACAGGUGAAACUGGGAGAUUACUACUAUUAUGGUUUGGGGACGAACAUAGAUUAUGAAACGGCGGCGAUCCACUAUCGUUUGGCGUCUGAUCAGCAGCACAACGCACAAGCGACGUUCAAUUUAGGUUACAUGCACGAACAGGGACUCGGAAUGGCUCGAGAUAUGCACUUGGCGAAGCGGUAUUACGAUAGAGCAGCCGAGUUGAGUCCUGACGCGAAAGUACCGGUCGCGUUGGCGUUGCUCAAGUUAAACGUGCUCUUCAGCGUCGAAAGUAUUCAAGAGGGUCCCGUGCACCAUUUGAUGGAUUUUAACGAAAUUUUAGGUUCUAAUUGGGAUUUAUAUUUGAUAACUACAUUGACUGUUAUUUUAGCCGGAAUUGUGUAUUUCAGAAGACCUCAGGUAAUCGUUUAGUUCAAAAGCAAAUCGUGAUAUUUUAUAAUUUAUUUUGUAAAUAUUAAAAUAAAACAAAUACUUAC